AUGACCACCCCCGCCGACCCGCUCAUUCUAGAACCAUACUCCCUCUACAUCCUCCUCUUCGGCCGCGGCGAAGCUUACCGAUUCCAUUGGGGUUUAUUUCUCACCGCCGCCCAUCCCACAUCAUCAACAGCAGAAGGACAAGAAAACAACCCAGGCGAAGAAGCAUCAACAACUACAACAACAACAACAACAACAACUACUACUACUACUACUACCACUACCACUACUGCUACUGCUAUCACCCCAACAAACCCCACAGGCACCCUCUUCGAACUCACAAACCCAAACCCAUCCAACGAAAAGCUCUGGACCUACAGAACCACCCUCCUCACCAGCUUCACAAACAGACACAACCCGCUCUGCGCCCUGAAGAUCUCCAACGUGGAGCCGCUCCUCCAAGCGGACUUCCAUGCCCUCCUGGCCACGAUCCCCGUCAUCCCAUAUUCCCAGCGCUUUGGCGAGGAGACGUCGUGCCAGCGGCUUUAUCCAGCUUGUCCGGCCAGUUGA